AUGACCUCCCAGAAUAAGUCGAAGGAGGCCCCCAGGGAAUAUGGCCGACGAGACUACCUGUCAGCUUCCGAGUUGGAUUUCGAAAGUAUCGCGGGUUACCUUAAGCUCUCGGAUGAUGUUAAGAAAUCAGACGAGGCCAACAAGCCCGACUUCCCGGUUAGCACCGACCUCCCGGUCAACGACAAUCAAUUUACGUUUGCUCCAGGCCAACUUAGCAAGCUUUUCGACCCCAAAAGCCUAUCCGUCUUGUACAAGUUGGGUGGUCUCGCGGUUUCCGGAGGUGCAUCACUCUCCUACCUGGCAACGGGCCCCUCUCACCGUGGCAUGACGAUCGUCCCAUACGACAAUAUCCCCAACUCCCACGGGUUGGGGAGAUCAAGUUUCCAUGUGCAGGGUGGGAAAGCCGAGAAUGGGUUAUCUUCCAAGGGGACACAGGGUCUGAUAGUGAAAGGGACUGCUCCAUCCGGCCUUCAACCGCCGGAUUUCGACUCUCUCGGAAACCGGCGGCAGCACGACACAACCAUUCGCAACGGCAUAUGGGAGCAGACGAAUGACCAUAAACGUUUCGUUCACAAAUCCUCUGCUGCGAGCUCACCUCCAAUCGAUGAGACAGCCAUACCUGGGAGCACAACUCAAGGCAACCUCUCCAUAUGGCGACCACAAAAUCUCGCAGCAUUAGAGACCUUUUACCCUCAGCCUCUGAACAGCAAGAACAAGCAAUUGCGACACGCCAGCAAGCUUUCUUCGGUAGUUCUGCCAUGGUCACAUUCAUCUCGUCCGUACUCUCCCUUCAGCUCGACCAGCUCGAUGAUCCCCAAAAAGCAAAACUGGUCAAGGUGGUCCUUCGCGUGGCUGGCCCAACAUUUCUUUCAGUUCUUGCGGUUGGAUGCUCCUUUUACUGUCUCUCUGAUAGAGACAAAAAGAAACCGGUUCCUAUCCGUCAUCUGCAGUCUAGGCCCCAUUCUCUGGAUGUUCCUGAAACGCAACCCUACAUCUGGGGCGCUCCAGAACGGGGAUGAGGGUGCUGGUGCUUGGAUCGAUGAUGCAACUUUGGUUGGUGUCGUGGCUGUUGUCGCUGGUAUCUUGAAUGCAGAGCGUAGUCUCUUCGUGAGGGAUGACUUGGAGGGGGGCAACCACCCCGUCCUCCCUGAAUUGGAGUCCGGCGGUCGGGACGGUGCCGGCAUCAACAGGAGCGGCGUUGGCCAUCAGCCAGGAGGAGAUGGGGGUGCCGAGAUUACGUCCAUAAACUGA